CCGAAGAGAUCCACUGUGAUGCAGCUGGCAACCUGGUGUGGAUGGAUAAUGCGCAGCAGCAGCAGCAGCCCAUGGCUGAGCUGGGCAGGCCGGACUUUUCUUCCCACUCUCACCCUCAAGAUGUCCUCCAGGCCGAAGUAAUGGACGGCUUCAAGCACUUCGAAGAAGAAAUGACCGGCUCACUCACCCACCUCCUCGAGGCUUUUGAGGACAAAGUCCACUCUGCUACGCACGCGGCCAACGGCUGGCUCAAGGAAGCCGAGAGUGUUUGGGCCUCAGGCAUAGAGUACCAGCGCUUCACUCACGCCAGCUUCCCCAGCUAUGCACUACGCGUCGCAAAGGACGUCAACGGGACGGUGUGCGACCCAGAGGCCAAGAUGAUCAGCGGCUACCUCGACGUGGCCGAGGACAAGCACCUCUGGUUUGCCCUCUUCGAGUCGCGCUCCAACCCAGCCAAGGAUCCUCUGCAGCUUUGGCUCAACGGCGGGCCUGGCUGUUCUUCCUCGACCGGGCUACUCUUCGAGCUCGGACCCUGCCGUAUCGCCAACAAGGGCGAGUCUGUGGUGCCCAACCCGCACAGCUGGAACAACAAGGCCAACCUCCUCUUCCUCGAUCAACCCGUCAACGUCGGCUACUCCUACGGGGACGCGGACGUGAACAACACGCCCGCCGCAGCGGAAGACGUGUAUGCUUUCUUGCAGUUGUUCUUGCAGAAGUUUGACAAGUACAGCAAGUUGCCCUUCCACGUCAGCGGGGAGAGCUACGCUGGCACGUACAUCCCGCGCAUUGGGGCCGUGAUUCACGAGAAGAACACGCAGCUCGCCCAGCGCGCCGUCGCCGGUAACGGUGCCGUGCACGUCAAUCUGGACAGCCUCCUCAUCGGAAACGGCCUCACCGACCCGAAGGCGCAGUUUGGCUCCUCUCCAGACUUCAUGUGCGACAAGAACAUCAACCCCUACGCCCUCUUUAAGAACGACUCUUCCACGUGCACCUCGCUUCGCGCCAAAGCCAAGACCUGCACCAGCUUGAUUGACGCAUGCUACAAGUACGAGUCGCGCCUCACCUGCCUUCCCGCGGCCAUCCAGUGCUGGAGUGGGGUGUACGGCCCUGCUCAGGACUCGGGCAAGAACCUGUACGACCUCCGACGCGACUGCGAUCGCUCCCCUGACGCGGAUGGGCCGCUCUGCUAUCGCGAGAUGGAGUGGAUGGAGGUGUACAUGAACAAGCCAGAGGUAAAGAAGGCAUUUGGCGCGGAGAGGGACGUGCAGUUCCAGAGCUGCAACACCGACGUCAACCGCGCCUUCCUCCUACAAGGCGACGUGGCCCACGACUCAUCGAAGCAUCUCCCCGACCUCAUCGCCGCGGGCAUCCGAGUAGGCAUCUACGCGGGCAUGGCGGACCUGAUGUGCCACUGGUACGGAAAUGAGCAAUGGACCUCUUCGCUCGAGCACGCCUACUCCACCGAGUAUGCCAAGUCCCCCGAGAAGGAGUGGACCGACAAGCACAACCAGACGGUCGGGUCUGUGCGAAGUGCGGGGGCAGAGAAGGGCGGGUUUGGACAGUACGCCUGGAUCAAGAUUAGGGAGGCUGGGCAUAUGGUUCCCAUGGACCAGCCUGAGCUGGCCUUGAAGAUGGUCGAGGCUUGGAGGGAGGAUAAGGCGCUGGUCUAAGUGAGCAUUGCUCGCGAGCCCCUUUCCAGCUUGGAGCGCUCCUAGAGGGAGGAGGAGAUGUGAGGGGAAGUCGGAGCGCAAAAGUAAGCUCCGUGGCCUUUCCGUCUUUGCUCCUUGCCAUUCUGUGGCCUGC